AUGUCUGCCUCAACAACGAAGCUAGGAUCCCCGCUCAACAUACCCAAAUGGCUAGAAACCAACUCCCACCUCCUCAAACCUCCCAUCAAUAACCACCUCAUCUACAACGACCCCCUCACCGUCCAAAUCGUCGGCGGCCCCAACGCCCGCACCGACUACCACAUCAACUCCACGCCCGAAUUCUUCUACCAAUACCGCGGUCGCAUGCUCCUGAAGACCGUGCAGCAAGGCGAGUUCGUAGACAUCUACAUCAACGAAGGCGAGCUCUUUUUACUUCCAGGCAACACCCCGCACAAUCCUGUGCGGUUUGAGGAUACGGUUGGGGUUGUGCUGGAGUUGCCGCGGCCGGAGGGGAGCGAGGAUCGGUUGAGGUGGUAUUGUCGGAAGUGUGGGGAGGUGGUGCAUGAGGCCAGUUUCUUCUGUACGGAUUUGGGUACGCAGAUUAAGAGCGCUGUGAAUGCGUUUAAGGAGGAUGAGGAGGCGAGGCGGUGUAAAAGUUGUGGGGAACUGAAUGAUUCGGCGCCGACGAAGGAGGAGAUGGAGAGGAUGAGGACGGCGCCGUCGUGA